AUGUUAAGAGUUUUUAAAGUAAUUCAAUACUUCUCAUCCAAGAGAGCCAACCCCUCCCCAAGACACAGGUACAGCUGGUUCCCAGUAGAGCCAGCAGAAAAGCUACAGCAAGUUAAACAAAGGCAAGAGUCAUUAGAGCAAAACACUGAGAAACUAAAAGAUCAUGUAGACCAGUCUCUCCAGGUCUUUGAGAACAAGCUCGACAAGCUCGAAGGUUUUUCACGCAGAGACAACCUGAGGUUCUUCGGGAUACCAGAAACUGGAGAUGAUUCAUACGAAACCUGUGCUGCUACGAUAAUACAACUCCUACAAGAAACAAUUCCGGGGAAAGUGUGGCAAACUACUGACAUCGUGCGAGCGCACAGAGUCGGUAAGAAAAUUGUGCCAGCAGGACAUACCCGAAACAGGGAAAACAAACCACGUCCCAUAAUCGCUAAGUUCACUCGAUGGUCUGACAAGUUGGAUAUACUUACCAAAGCUCGUGAGAAACUGAGAGUAAAAGGUGUAACUGUGGCUAGUGAUCUUACAGAAAGACAACAGUCGAUCAUAAAGUGUUACAGAGAUAGCGGGGUGCGUGCGUUCUACAGAGGAGACCGGCUCAUUGUCGGAGGAACGUUACACCAAAACAUGAACAGACAACAGGAUGAGAGGGAGAAACCCCGAACCAACGCGGACAGCUCCCCCUCUCAGCACCAGACAACCCUACAGCAACAGACUGAUGAAUACACACUAGUAACAGCGCAGCGGAACAAAGGAGUCCGACAGCACCGGAGCAGUCAGUCAUAUUUACCUCUACCUCUGCGGAACCGCUAUUUACCUCUGCAAGCAGAAGAUGAGGAAGAAGAUAUCAACAGAUUACAGGCAGAUAAACAUGGAAAACAAACUGACACGAACGCUGCCACCUACAGAGGGGCAACAGCGGAAAACCGACAUACCAAGAGAAUUCAGUGCACACCGACCACAAUAAUACAAGCUUUGGGCAACAUUAGCAACAACCCACAGAUGACUCCGACUGCUAUCUUGCCUACCAUAUGCUCUUCUGAAUCCAACAUUACCAAUAUAUCGACCGGCGACAAUACAAAGGAGAAGGACACACCUCCAUACACCAGUGUAAUAGAGGUCAACAACAGCCAGACAGCCGAUGUCAGCGAGAGUCCACCUGACAGCAAUGUGCAAGUAUCGUCACCACACCCCACAUCGGUGUCCCCGGAUAGCCGCGACCCAGAAACCAUAUAAAGGAAGUAAGAUUUGAAUCAGCCAACAUAGUUACAUUGAAAAUUGAUAAAGAAUUAAUGAACUCUGACAAAGAUGUUAUCUUGAUAUCAUGCUAUGUAGUGCCAGAAGGCAGCCCUUUUUACAAUUUGUUAGAUACAAAAGAUGGCAUUCAUCUACUAGAGGAAAGUGUAUUGCAGUAUAUAGAUAAAGAUGAAUUCUAAUUAAUUUUAUGUGGAGACCUCAAUGCAAGGACAGGGUCCGAACAAGUUAUUACAGACGAUAUUGUAAAUUAUUUCCCUUUUGACAUGGAUGAGGCAAACAAAAUAUGCAAAAGGAACUCUAAAGACCUCACCAUUAACAGCUUUGGCAGAUCACUGCUAAACUUAUGUUUCACUUAUGACUUAGUUAUAGUGAAUGGAACUUGUAAGGAUGAUAUAGAAGGAGAAUUUACAUUUGUAUCUUCACAAGGUAAUAGUGUUAUAGACUAUUUUAUUGUCUCAGAGAGCCUUAUAGACCAUUGUAAUCUUCAAGUCAGUAAUGCGCUACACUCCUGGCAUCUUCCAGUUGAACUAGCAUGGGAUGGCUCA